UUGCAAAGCAGCAAAUAAACAAACAAUUGAUCGAGAAGAUGUUCAGAAACUCCGUUGCCCAGAUCUCCAAGAGAUCCUUCACCUCCUCCGGUGCUCGCUCUUACUUUGCAAAGGCCCAGUUCCUGGGCCGCAUUGGUGCUGAUAUCGAGGAGUCUGUCUCAGCCAACGGGAAGAGAUACGUUAGAUACCCAAUUGCCGUUCAAACCAACAAGGAUUACCCAGUGAACUGGUUUAACAUUGUUGCCUUCAGCGAGAAGCAAGUCGACUUUCUGACAAACUAUGUUAAGAAGGGAUCCCUUGUCCACGUUGAUGCUGCAAUUACACAGGAUAGCUACGAAAGAGAGGAUGGCUCUAAGGCAUCCAACAUUGCCUUUGUGCAGACUAAACUCGAUCUCUUGUCCUCUCCAAAAUCCGAGCCAGAGGCUUAAACAGGAAGAACACUUGUGCUUGUAAUGAUAUCUAUAUAUGAUAUAACAUGCUAGUGAUAGUAUGUGAUAAUAUGAUUUUGGAUUAACUAAUUGCUGAUGGACUCUUCUACAGGUUUACACCAACUACACAAUGUAGGGAGAGGGAAACAAACCAAUACCUGCCCCUUUUGGACUUGAAUGGCAUAUAGAUGGAUCACCCAUUUGAACCUUACAGUUCCAAACAUGCCAAUAACAAAACAAAACCAAUCCAAUUACAAUCACUAUACACAACACAGUAGAUGCCGAG